AUGGACUUCUCUAACAUCUUUCGUCUCGUUAACAUCGCGGUGGGUGUGAUCAUGGUGCUGGGUGGAAUCAGCCAGUUCUUCCCAGCUAGCAUGAGCUCCGUCAUCGUCGGUGCCUAUGUUAUUAUCUUUGGUGUCGUUGUUGCUGGUCUGGAGUUUGUGCCCAACGUUCCCGAUUAUGCCUACCGUUACGCCUCGUUCCUGUUCUCCUUCCUCGGCCGUGGUAUCUUCUACGUCUUCGUUGGAUCCAUCUUGCUCCACGACAUGGUGCUGCGCGUGAUCGCUGGCUCCCUCGUCGGUCUCAUCGGUGUUGCCUACCUUGUCCUCGAGUUCAUCCCCUCUAUCGAGCCCCCUUCGAACAUGCGCGAAUCCGACCAAGGUUGGGGUGCCGAGCAGGUCUAA